GGCUCCGGAUGGGCGGGAUACAGCUUCGCCCGCACCCUCGACCCAGCCAAAUUCGACCGCAUCGUCAUCUCUCCCCGCGGCUACUUCGUCUUCACGCCUCUCCUCGCCUCGACAUCCGUCGGAACCCUCGAGUUCAGAGCCGUUCUUGAGCCUGUCCGGCGUCUACCCGGAGGUGUGCGCUUCUACCAAGGCUGGGCCGACGACGUCGACUUCUCCCGGAAAGUCAUCCGGGUCGAGGCCAAUGCCGUCGACGGCCUCCCCAGCGAAGUACUAUCAUCAACGGUGCCCGUCAAACAGGAGGCCAAAAAGGGCGAAAUCUUCAACGUCGAGUAUGACAAGCUCGUCAUUGCCGUGGGAGCUUACAGCCAAACCUUUGGCAUCACAGGCGUGAGGGAACAUGCGCACUUCCUACGAGACGUGGGCGACGCGCGCCGUAUCCGCCUACGCGUCCUCUCUUUGUUCGAACAAUGCUCUUAUCCAACCUCUCCGGCCGGCGGCAGCAGCAGCACACAUGUCGCAGGAGGCUCGCUCUCAGAGGCCGACAAGCGAUCGCUGCUUCACUUUGUCAUUGUCGGCGGCGGUCCCACGGGGAUCGAGUUUGCCGCGGAACUGCACGACCUGAUCCACGAGGACCUGAAGAGGCUGUAUCCCGAGCUGAUGCCGCUGGUUCGCAUCACCGUCUACGACAUCGCGCCCAAGGUGCUGCCCAUGUUUGACCAGGCGCUGGCGCAGUACGCCAUGGAUACGUUUGCGCGGCAGGGCAUCCAGGUUCGGACACAGCACCAUCUGGAGCGUGUGAGGAUAGCGGACGGAGCUCUGGGGAGUGCACAUGGUGGGCUGAGCAUCAAGAUCAAGGAGUACAGCGAGGAGGUGAACGCCGGGUUGGUCGUCUGGAGCACGGGACUGAUGCAGAAUCCGUUUGUGGAACAUUUGGUCGGCAAGGAGUUUGCACUCGCCGAGGACACAGAUCACCAGAAGGGACAAGACGCGCAGCGACGCCGUCUCGUGAAAGACGCCAAAACAGGCGGCAUCCUGACCGACGCUUACCUUCGUGCUCGUAUCACCGACAACGAGGCCUCACAACCUCACGACACCGCCGGUGCCACAGCAAAGCCCGUCAUGCCGGACGUGUUUGUUAUCGGCGAUUGCGCAGUCAACGAACACGACCGGUCCCUCCCGAAAACAGCCCAAGUAGCCGCUCAACAGGCCGGCUACCUGGCAAAGCACCUCAACAAGGCCACGCACAACGGCUCCCUCGACUCGGUCGACGUCAGCAGCACCUGGAAGCCGUUCAAGUUCCGCAACUGGGGCACGCUGACAUACCUCGGCGGCUGGAAGGCGAUUCACCAGAGCUCUGCGGACGAGCUGCGGGGAUGGGUCGCCUGGGUUGUGUGGCGAGGUGCGUAUCUGACGAGGAGCAUGAGUUUGCGGAACAAGAUGAUGGUGCCGGUGUAUUGGUUCGUGUCGUGGGUGUUUGGGCGAGACAUUUCGCGGUUCUGA